UCAUUCCUCUUACCACGGAGCCUGGAAAUGAGACGACAGAAUCCAAUUUUGUCUCUUGCAACUGGCUCAUUUCCCAUUAGGCACUCAAUACAUACUGGAGCGAAUGAAUGAAUGAGGCCUUCCUUUAUCUUAAUAGGCUGGAAGUGAUGGAGAGAGUAUUGGAAACUGUCCCUUUUGCCAACGCCUUUUUAUGAUCCUCUGGCUUAAAGGAGUUAAAUUCAAUGUAACUACAGUUGACAUGACCAGAAAGCCUGAAGAGCUGAAGGACUUAGCCCCAGGCACCAAUCCUCCCUUUCUCGUGUAUAACAAGGAGUUGAAAACAGACUUCAUUAAAAUUGAGGAGUUUCUAGAGCAGACACUGGCUCCUCCAAGGUAUCCUCACCUGAGUCCCAAGAACAAAGACUCCUUUGAUGUGGGCUGUAACCUCUUUGCCAAGUUUUCUGCAUACAUUAAGAAUACACAAAAAGAAGCAAAUAAGAAUUUUGAAAAAUCUCUGCUCAGAGAAUUUAAACGUCUGGAUGACUACUUAAACACCCCGCUUCUGGAUGAAAUUGAUGCAGACAGUGCUGAGGAACUCACAGUUUCCAGAAGAUUGUUCUUGGAUGGGGAUCAGCUGACACUGGCUGACUGCAGCUUGUUACCCAAACUGAACAUUAUUAAAGUUGCUGCCAAGAAAUACCGUGACUUUGACAUUCCAGCAGAGUUCUCUGGAGUCUGGCGCUAUCUUCACAAUGCCUAUGCCCGUGAAGAAUUUACCCACACUUGUCCUGAAGACAAAGAAAUUGAAAAUACCUAUGCGAGUGUGGCUAAACAGAAGAGUUAGGGCAGCUCUUUCAGUAGAAAAAGCCCUCUUUUCACUUGUCAUAUUAUAAAGGUUUCUGGAAAUAAGAAUACGGAAAAUAUUGUUUCCUCUAACUCUCAUGAAAAGAAUGCUAUAUUUUCUGUAUCUGGUCAGUCCAAACUAUCUUCCCACUGUUUAUUUUAAAGUUCUUUAUAUUUUAGCUUAUUUUUCUUUAUUCGUAUAGCAUCAACACUGCAAUAUUAAACGACAUGGAAGGCAUCAAGAUCUUUUGCUACUGAACUGAAUUCCCAGAGUGCCUUAUGUGUAAGCUCAACAGAUGGCUGAAGUUACAAAUGACAGAAGUAGAGCCACAAUCUUCAACUACUCCUUAGAAACACUUCCAUCUAAAUCAUUAAAACAGCCUUACAAUUUUGUUAUUUUAA